GUACACGUGGAAAGUGGAGUCAAACAACGGCAUAGCGAUGAAGAAACCGGAACUGGACAUCCCUGAAUCCGGUUGGGUACCGUCUCACGUUCAGGUGUUCCGRCUUAAAAUGCCGUGCACGGGCGUAGUGAGCUCCGAGGUACACGUUGUGCUCACUAUCAACAUAACUGCGGUUAACCCCAAACACGGUAACGUGUCACUGGUGUUCCAUCGGAACAAGAUAUGCCUGAAGACCACCGACAUGCUCUUAGACUCACUCAUCGGCAAAGAUGGUUCGUUGGAGACGAACCUGAUUGAUGAAUUGCCUCCGGGCCAACAGCAACACGUUCCACAGCCUGCAGCCCAACCACCUCCUCCUCCGCCACGACUACAACCCGAUGAUGGUUACAAAAACGACAAUACUUUAGUAUUGCAACCGUCGUACAGUGGGCCAGGCACCACUGCAGUGCAUGUCGCCACUGAUGUGGUCACCACUGGUAGUGGAAAUACCGCGUUGACUUCACCCAAACGUGGUGACGAAGCGCCGGAAGAGUUGAUGCCCGCGCACGGUGCGUUCUUCUUUGCACUCGGGUGCGGCUCUGCACUCAUAGUUACACUGGUAGCCGUCACAUUCGCCCUGGCUUACAAGCGCACCAACAAAUCGCUGCUAAGGUCCAAGUCCAAAGAAUCGUUGCAUACCAGUUACACGAGCGCCGCAUACGUGGCCAAUCCCAACGUUUUGGUGCGUGUCAAUUCGGUGACCAGCACCAGCGGUACUUAUGCGACGAUCAGAAGCGUGCGGAAAACAGCUGCGUCGAUGGCAGAUGACGACCACCCGAACCACUGCGUCGGAGUCGCCGGAAACAAAGGCAGCAGUCACGUGUCACCUUACGCCACCAGCUACGUGGCGACGGCGGCCGGAAGUAAUAAUUAUCACGUCUACUCGAAACCCGCGUCGCCCACGCCAUCCAAGAUAUCGUAUUACGCCUGCACGCCACUGAUGGCCGUUAACGAUCGGAGAAUGUGUGAUGACUUGGACGAGCGUAUACGACAGCUGGACUCGCGUGGCGCUUCCGUCAAGUUGGACAGACUCCUACAGGAGGGAGCUUUUGGCCGGGUGUAUCAAGGCACGUACAAGCACAACAACGGUGGUGGAUCGCAGGAAGUGCUCGUCAAGACCGUUACCGCUGAUGCUGCAUCCCAACAAAAUAAAAUGUUUCUGACCGAAAGUCUGAUGUUGCAUGGAUUUCCGGGCCACGUAAAUAUAUUACAACCAUUGGCUGUGUGUCAAUACUCAAACAAACCAACAGCGGUACUAUAUCCGUUCAGCAACAAAGGAAAUCUUAAAAAGUUUCUGUGCGAUUGCAAACGAAAAAAUAAUGACUACUACAACUUGACCACACAAGAUAUUGUUAACAUGGCCGUACAGCUUUGUUUGGGUUGUGUGUUUCUUCACAGCCAAGGCAUCUGUCACAAGGACAUAGCUGCUAGGAAUUGUGUCGUGGACGAAAAGUUGCGAGUCAAAUUAACCGACAGYGGAUUGUCUAGAGACCUGUUUCCCGAUGAUUAUUCAUGUCUAAAUGACAACGAAAAUCGCCCCAUCAAGUGGAUGGCGCUUGAAAGUAUCACUUUACGCACCUAUAACGGUGCCUCGGACAUUUGGUCGUUUGGUGUUUUGCUCUGGGAAUUGGUGUGCUUAGGUGCUCAGCCCUACUCGGAAAUUGAUCCGUACGAUCUGAGCCUUUACCUACAAGAGGGAUACAGGCUAUCGCAACCAAUCAACUGCCCGGACGACCUGUUUGGGAUGAUGACAUUCUGUUGGCUGCCCAGUCCGGAGGAACGACCAUCGUCUGCUCAAGUAUUGGCGUGUUUACAGGACUUCCAAAAAACUCUCAACCAGUUUAUUUAAAACGAACUAUCCCUUAUUUUACYACUUACUAUUUUUUGUAUGUUUUGUUAAAUGUGUUGAUGUACAUAUUAUUAAGUUACUGACGAUAUACGAUUAGAGGUGCUAUGUAUGUAAGCGUUGAGUAUUAUUUUGAAGAAAAUUUUUUUUAAUGGGCAAGAAAAAAAUUAAUGGAGUAUUAAACAGAAUGUCGGAAGAAUGGAAGAUAUUACGAAAAUGGUGAAAAAUUAAACUGCCAUUUAUUACAUAUUUAAGUAAAACAAUUCAAUUACUUAAAAUUAAACCAUAUUUAAACGUAAACAUUAUAAUAUACCUUUAUGAGUAAAUUUUUUUUAAUUGCAUGAACAGCAAAUAUAUGUUUUCUUGAUGUUUUUAUGAAUUCUAUCGUUGAUUAUGCUGUUUUUCUUAAACACGAUUUGCCCGUGUUAAAUAAGUAGACUGACCUAUAUACAUAUAUUAUACAUUUGAUUUCAGAACUCAGUUGGAAUGUUUCGAAGAUAUUUCAUAGUAGCAAUAAUAUUAUUGUUAAGGAUA